CAGUCAUUCGCGAACCGCCGGUUGUCGUAGUCGUCUGGAGAGCGCGGACACUACGUAUUGCCGGUAUUUUCAGUGUUUCAUUAAAAUACUGUAAUCCUGAUUGCAUUGCGUUUGAUUUUCAAGUAAACCAUAACUGUGAAAGUGUGGACAGUACACAGUGUUGUAACCGAACACAAUUUCUUAAUUUUUCGAAGUUAUUUUAAGGUAUGGAGUGGGAAGGGCCGGUCAAGCAAGGCUUGUACGACCCUCAGAACGAGCACGAGGCCUGCGGCGUUGGAUUUGUUGUUGCUAUCGACGGGAAACGUAGUCAUAAAAUCGUCCGCGAUGCAGAGGUGCUGUCGAACCGCAUGGAGCACCGCGGCGCGUGCGCAUGCGACAACGACACCGGCGACGGAGCAGGCGUUCUAACCGCCAUACCGCACCAGUUCUACUGCGCUCAGCUCAGAGACACUCACCAAAUCGACUUGCCGCCCUUUGGUCGCUACGCCACUGGCAUUUUUUUCUUGGACAAACUCCACCACCAGGAGAUUGAGAAGAAAUUCCAGGAGUUGGCUGAAAGCCUCGAUCUCAAAGUGAUCUGCUGGAGGACUGUGCCAACCAAGAACGCGUCUAUUGGUCAGGUGGCUCGUAACUCCGAGCCGUUUAUGCGUCAAGUGUUUGUUACCGGAGAUUUAGAAGACAACCAUCUGUCCAGACAGGUGUUUGUGCUGAGGAAGCGGGCUUCUCACGAGCUGGUCGUGCCCGGAGCGAGGUUCUACAUUUGCAGUCUAUCGCUGAAGACCGUGGUCUACAAGGGACUUCUCACUUCUAAUCAGCUAUGGGAAUACUUCAAGGACCUGAGCAACCCGGCGUUCACCACGUACCUGGCGCUGGUCCACACUCGGUUCUCAACCAACACCUUCCCCAGCUGGGAAAGAGCGCAUCCUUUGAGAGUGCUUGCCCACAAUGGCGAAAUAAAUACGUUACGAGGUAACGUUAACUUGAUGAAGGCUCGCGAAGGCGUCAUGAAGAGCGAGCAAUUUGGUGAUGAACUGAAGAAACUAUACCCAGUAGUAGAGCCGAAUCUUUCGGACUCCGGAUCAGCUGACUGCGUGCUAGAGUUCCUGAUGCAUUGCGGACAGCGGUCCCUGCCUGAGGCGGUCAUGACCAUGGUGCCCGAGGCGUGGCAGAGUGAUCCUACAAUGCCGAAAGAGAAGCGCGACUACUAUCAGUGGGCCUCGACUGCUAUGGAGCCGUGGGACGGGCCGGCUUUGGUAUCAUUCACGGAUGGACGAUACAUUGGUGCCAUAUUGGACAGGAACGGGCUACGACCGUCUCGCUUCUACGUGACCAGCGAGAACGUGCUGGUGAUGGCGUCCGAGGUGGGCGUGUACGACGUCGACCCUGAGAAAGUUAUACACAAGAGUCGUCUGAAGCCCGGCCGCAUGUUGCUGGUGGACACAGAGGACAAGAAGAUUAUCCAGGAUGUGGAGCUCAAGUUGCAUAUCGCAAAAAGCCGCCCACACUCCCAGUGGCUGAGAGAACAGAUCACAAUGGAGGACAUACACAAAUCGGUAGCCGAUGAAGCUCCAGUGAAUGGUGUACAAAAUGGCGCCAUUUCCGGUCUGUCCGAUAAAAGGCUGGCCCUUUUCGGAUAUACCAUAGAGUCUAUAAACAUGCUGUUGUUACCAAUGAUACAGAAUAAGAAAGAAGGCCUGGGCAGUAUGGGCAACGACGCCCCGUUGGCUUGUCUGUCACAGUUCCAGCCGUUGCCCUACGAAUACUUCAAACAGCUGUUCGCGCAAGUAACCAACCCUCCCAUUGAUCCCUUCAGGGAGCGCAUAGUGAUGUCUAUGUUGUGCCCCAUUGGUCCAACGGCGAACAUCCUGCAGCCGAGCGCGGAAUUCGUGCACAGGCUGUUCUUGAAGCAACCCAUUCUGUCUUUACCCGACCUUGAGGCGCUAAAGAGAACAAAUCAUCGUGGCUGGAAGACGCGCGUGAUCGACUGCACAUUCGAGCACUCGUUAGGGCCGGCGGGGCUGGAGCCGGCGCUGGCGCGCGUGUCGGCGGAGGCGCACGCGGCGGCCGCGCGCGGCUGCCAGCUGCUCGUGCUCAGCGACCGCGCCGCCGGCGCUCACAGGGUGCCCGUCUCCUCCUUGCUGGCGCUCGGUGCCGUCCACCAUCACUUGAUCGAGACUCGCCAGCGGAUGAAGGUCGGCAUCCUAGUGGAGACAGCUGAGGCCAGGGAGGUACAUCACAUGUGCGUACUACUGGGUUACGGCGCCGACGCAAUAUGCCCAUACCUGGCCUUCGAACUGGCUUUCGCCCUCCGCAACGACGGCUUAGUGGACCCUACUCUCACCGACGAAGACAUAUAUUUGGCCUACCAGACGGCCAUUGAAACUGGUCUGGCCAAAGUAAUGGCUAAGAUGGGCAUCAGUACGCUACAGUCGUACAAGAGCGCGCAAAUAUUUGAGGCUGUGGGUUUGAAUGAAGAUGUCAUUGAUAAAUGCUUCAGAGGAACUCAGUCCAGGAUUGGUGGAGUCAACUUUGAGAUACUCUCCAAGGAAAUAUUCGAUAGACACUCAUUGACUUACGGUGACGCUGCAGACGCUCUCGUAUUGAGGAACCCGGGUCAUUACCAUUGGCGCGCGGGUGGUGAGAAACACAUCAACGACCCGAUGUCGAUCGCCAACUUGCAGGAAGCCGCUGUCAACAAGAGUACAUCUGCUUAUGAUAAAUUCAGAGAAAGCGCUUUAGAAUCAGUCCGAGCGUGCACUCUGCGCGGACAACUCGAGUUGGUAAAAUUAGACGAACCAAUACCUUUGAGUGAGGUUGAGCCCGCUUCGGAAAUUGUCAAGCGUUUUGCUACAGGCGCUAUGUCAUUCGGGUCCAUAUCUCUGGAAGCACAUACAUCAUUGGCCAUCGCCAUGAAUCGCAUCGGUGGGAAGUCUAACACCGGUGAAGGUGGGGAAAACGCAGACCGGUAUUUAAAUCAGGACCCAGAAUUCAACCGACGCUCGGCCAUCAAGCAAGUGGCUUCAGGUCGUUUCGGAGUCACAGCCUCAUACUUGGCGCACGCUGACGAUCUGCAGAUCAAAAUGGCACAAGGAGCCAAGCCUGGGGAGGGAGGAGAGUUGCCUGGCUACAAAGUGACAGAAGACAUCGCCAAAACCCGCUGUUCUGUUCCUGGCGUGGGCCUCAUUUCCCCUCCGCCUCAUCACGACAUCUACUCCAUUGAGGAUUUGGCUGAGUUGAUAUACGACCUGAAGUGCGCCAACCCUAACGCGAGGAUCUCAGUGAAGCUGGUGUCUGAAGUGGGCGUUGGCGUCGUGGCUUCUGGAGUCGCUAAGGGCAAAGCGGAACACAUAGUGAUAUCGGGGCACGACGGCGGCACCGGCGCCAGCAGCUGGACCGGCAUCAAGUGCGCCGGGCUGCCGUGGGAGCUGGGGGUCGCGGAGACUCACCAGGUGCUCGUGCUGAACGACUUGCGCUCCAGGGUGGUGGUGCAAGCCGAUGGUCAAAUCAGAACAGGUUUCGAUGUGAUGGUGGCUGCCUUACUUGGCGCUGACGAAUUUGGCUUCAGUACUGCACCCUUGAUUGCUUUAGGCUGCACGAUGAUGCGCAAGUGUCACCUAAACACGUGUCCUGUUGGUAUCGCCACACAAGAUCCAGUUUUACGCAAGAAAUUCGCGGGAAAACCUGAACAUGUCAUCAAUUACUUGUUCAUGUUGGCGGAAGAGGUGCGCCAACACAUGGCCGAAGUGGGUGUGCGCCGGUUCCAAGAGUUAAUCGGUCGUACAGAUUUACUGAAAGUGCGAGAAAACAACGAAAAUCACAAGGCUAGGAUGCUGAAUCUCAGUUUGAUUCUCAAGAACGCUUUACAUAUGCGACCCGGAGUGAAUAUCGUGGGAGGAUCUAAGACACAGGACUUCCAAUUGGAGAAACGUCUAGACAAUCAGCUGAUAGAGAAAUGCGCGGGAAUCCUGGACGGCUCUCAAAAGUGUGUCGACAUCAGCAUGCGUAUAACCAAUGAGGAUCGCGCUUUUACUUCCACAUUGUCGUAUCACAUUGCUAUGAAAUACGGCAACUCAGGCUUGCCGGACGACACAAGAGUCAACAUCAGCCUGCAGGGGUCUGCGGGACAGAGCUUCUGCGCGUUCUUGGCUAAAGGCGUCACAGCCACCCUUGAAGGAGACGCCAAUGAUUAUGUUGGCAAGUGUCUAUCGGGUGGCACAGUGAUCAUCUACCCUCCGAAGAAUUCACCGUUCGAGUCCCAUCUCAACGUGAUCGUCGGCAACGUCUGUCUGUACGGAGCUACCUCGGGAAGGGCUUACUUCAGGGGUAUAGCGUCUGAGCGUUUCUGCGUCCGCAACUCCGGGUGCGUGGCGGUGGCGGAGGGCGCCGGCGACCACGGCUGCGAGUACAUGACCGCCGGCACCGUGCUCGUGCUGGGGCUCACCGGCAGGAACUUCGCCGCGGGCAUGAGCGGUGGUAUUGCAUACGUGUAUGAUGUGGACGGGUCCUUUAAGCAAGGCAAAUGUAACACUGAGAUGGUCGAACUACUUCCACUUGAACUGAAGGAGGAUUUGGACGACGUGAAGAAACUUCUCGAAGAAUUCGUCCAGUACACUGGGUCUAUAAUAGCCCAAGAUCUGCUGAAGACAUGGCCGGAGCCAGCCAAGAUGUUCGUGAAAGUGUUCCCAUACGAAUACCAGAGGGCGCUGAAGCAGAUGGCGUUGAAACAAAAAUCUCCCGCCACGAACAAGGUUGAGGCUAACGGGAAAGCUGAGAAUGGAGUGCUCGAUAUCGAGGAGACUGUCAGGGAUUCGGAGCUUGAGAAGAAACUUGACAAAACUAGGGGCUUCAUCAAAUACCCCCGCGAAACAUCGAUGUACCGGCCCGCUGAGAAGCGUAUGCGAGACUGGGACGAAAUAUACAACAGUCAGCAUGUUAGAAGGACGCUGCGAGUGCAGGCGGCGCGUUGCAUGGAAUGCGGCGUGCCGUUCUGCCAGAGCGGGCACGGGUGUCCGCUCGGGAACAUCAUCCCGAAGUGGAACGACCUGGUGUACCGCGGCGACUGGCAGCAGGCGCUCAAGCAGCUGCUGCAGACCAACAACUUCCCAGAAUUCACCGGCCGCGUGUGUCCGGCGCCGUGCGAGGGCGCUUGUGUGUUGGGGAUAUCGGAGCCGGCAGUGACUAUCAAAAACAUCGAGUGUGCGAUCAUCGACCACGCCUUCGACAGCGGCUGGAUUCAGCCAGAGAUUCCUGAACACCGCAACGGCAAGACAGUGGCAAUCGUUGGUUCGGGGCCGGCUGGCUUAGCGUGUGCCCAUCAACUUAAUAAGGCCGGCUACACCGUGACAGUAUUCGAGCGGAACGAUCGUCCCGGCGGCUUGUUGCAGUACGGGAUACCCACCAUGAAACUUAGCAAAGAGGUUGUAGCUCGGAGGGUAGAGCUGAUGGCGGCCGAGGGUGUCAGCUUCAAAUGCAGCGUCGAUGUCGGCAAACACAUAUCCUGUGAAGAGCUACGGAAUGAAUACAACGCUGUGGUCCUCUGCCUGGGCGCCACGUGGCCGCGCGACCUGCCGCUGAAGGGCCGGCAGCUGGCCGGCGUCCACUUCGCGAUGGAGUUCCUCGAGACCUGGCAGAAGAAGCAGGCCGGCUCCACACACCCCAUGAAGGAGAACCCCGACAUCGGGGCUAAGGAUAAGAAUGUCCUCAUCAUUGGAGGGGGAGACACGGGUUGUGAUUGCAUAGCGACGUCUCUGAGGCAGGGCGCCAAGUCGAUCACCACUUUCGAAAUCUUACCGGAGCCCAAAAAGGGGCGGGGCCAAGACAACCCAUGGCCACAAUGGCCUAGAGUCUUCAGAGUGGACUACGGUCACGAGGAGGUCAAGGUGAAGUUUGGAAAUGACCCCAGGAAGUUCUCGACGCUAACCAAAGAAUUCUUGGAUGAUGGCGAAGGCAACGUAUGCGGAGUAUCAGCUGUGGAAGUGGAAUGGACGCGAGGCCCGGGCGGACGCUGGGAGAUGAAGGAGAUACCCGGCACUGAUAAGAUAUACAAGGCGGAGUUGGUCCUGCUGGCUAUGGGCUUCCUCGGCCCUGAGCGAUACGUCGCCAACCAGCUUGACUUGCAGUUGGAUGCGCGCAGCAACAUUGAGACGUCAAAAUCUGAUAUUUACAAGACGCCCGUCAGCAAUGUCUUCGCUGCUGGAGACUGUCGUCGCGGCCAAUCUCUAGUCGUGUGGGCCAUCUCAGAGGGCAGGCAGGCGGCCAGAGCCGUCGAUCUCUACCUAUCGGGCAAAUCGCUGCUGCCAGGGCCUGGCGGAGUCAUCUACACACACUGAACGAAUGAAAUGCACUGAACGAAUAAAAUGAAUGAAGCCGGACUUUGUCUUUAAGUUCAAACAUCCCAUAGAUGCUAGGGAUACUAGGCACGACGUAACGCGAAAAAGUUAUUUGGAAAAGUUUUUGUUUUCUACACGUUUAAUUUAUAACUUUUUGUUGGAAAAAAUGUGAUUAUUAUUUAAAAAAGAAAUCAAUAUUUUAUUGUUUUAAGUGCACAGCUGAUGUAGGAUAUCAUAAGUGGUUUUUAAUGAAGAAUUAACACCAUUGUGAAGGCAUACGAAAACUUUUUCAACUAAAAAUGUUGAAGUUCAGAAUCUUUGAAAUAGUUUAUGAAAUAUAAUAUUCUAAUAGCCUUCAAGUUAAUAAACAUAGCUUAAUUAUUGAACAUUUUUGAAAAUACGACAUGAAAUUUAUAAUACACGUCUAUUUAUGCAAAAAAACAUGUUACCAAUAUUUCAAAUUUUAAUUAUUGUAUUGGAACCAUGAAGUCAUUUUAGAUCGAUUUAUUAAAUAACCUUACAUUUGUAUACACAUUCCGUUGUAUGAACUUUUCAAGUGUCAAAUUCUUCAUCUGAUUAUUAUGAAAAUUAGACAAUAUUAUAAUGUCUAGAUGUUAAUAUAACUUUGUGUGUAUGUAUCUUAAUAGAGAACACUUUCAAAAAUUAACAUAUCUAUCCAAAGGAGCGGUGGUUAUACUGAGUGAUCUCUAAAGUGUCAUGUUAUAAUGUUGUUUGAAAAUAAAUGUAUUUAAUGUUAUGAACAUAUAACAAUGGUUAGGAUUAAUUUUAUGUAAUCGUACAAUAAGUAAUUGUUAUUUAAAUUUGCAUAUAAAUUAUUUUUAUCAAAUAAAAAAAGAUGAAAUUAAAGUACGUAAUUGAUACGUAUGUAUAUAUUCAUUUUUUAAUGCAUGUAUAACUUUUAUAAUUUAAAAAAUAUUAUUUAGGUUAUAUGCAACCAUAAAGAGAUGAUAUAACACGUUCUUUUUUUAUUAUUUAAUCAACAGAAAUAACCCGAAACAAAAUAAAUAUGAAUAUGUGUAAAACUUACUAAAACUACACAAACUUUAAACUAUAUUUAUUAGUUGUAAUUGUAAUAAUGGAAACACAGUGUUUAUUCGCAUCUUGUUACGAAACAGUGAUUAAAAAUGGCCUUUCGUAGCUAGUUAUAUAAAUACAAGUUGCACGUAAAUUUUAAUUUUAACUGAUUUUGAGAUUAAUAAUGAGAUGAGAAAUUCUGGAGUCGAGCGGGAAUAGAACCCGCGCCCCAUGUCUAUCCGGGUCAGCGCUCUUAACCAUUGAGCUAUCGUGUCAUUAUUAUUUUCAAUAUGCUGUGUAAACACGCUUAUCAUAGCAAAUUUGUUCAAAAGCAUAUAACAAGUUCUAGUAUUAUCUCUGUUAUCUGUUGUGUUUUCCUAAAUAAAUAAAUAAAAUCCCUCGAUGAAAAAAUAAUGUGUGUCGUCAAGCUGUACGGGCUGGCUAUAUAGCUAUAUUUCGUAGUUAAACCAAUUAGUUGAAUUUAAAUACUUUGUUUUCCAAAAAGAGGUCGAGAGUAUAAUCUGUGGCAUAGAACCUGUGAUUUAUUUGUUUUAAAACAUUAAUGUUGACCUCCGUAGAUAUUAUUGUUCCUACGUAUUAUUUAUAAUCUUUAUAAUAUUUAUUUAAAUGUAUAUUAAUCUAUUUGGAAACAAGGUAAAAAUAAAAAAAAAUAUACAUCAAAACUUUUUUAAAAAGUUAACAAACAUCCGAAUAGAUGAAUGCUUUUGUUUUAUAUUUUAUUUGUUGGAAUCUUUAAUUUUAAGUGUUAAGUGUAGAUUUGUAAAAUGAUUUAUCAUUGCAAAAAGGAAAUACACGAUAUAUAAUGUGAUAAAUAAAGCUAUCCAGGAUAAACAUUUCAUUCUUUUAUCACAAUUUAUCACAUAUAAGUAAUACUAUAAAGCAGAAAUUCUUUCAUACAUUAAUUGAACAAUUUAGUCGUAAUAUCGAAAUUGAAUUUAAAUAUUUGCAGUGUCAAUUAUAUGAAACAUUAUAAUACCUUAAUCGAACGACU